GAUAUCGCUAACACCACUUCGCGCACCGGAGUUAAUAAGAAGAUCUUAAGGGCUAUAGAGUAUAUUUCCCAGUUCAACGUUCAAGUCGUAUAUAAACCCGGCAAAGAUUAUAUUAUCCUAGAUACCCUUCGCCGACUCCCCACGAUUCUAUAA